CUGCGCUCUAACGUCACCGAUUUUUUACCCUUCUCCGUCGUACCCGUUCCUUUGUAACGACCACUUCAUGACCACAGAAUUUACUGAACGAGAUCCCUUACUCCCAAAAAAUGCUGACGAGGCAUCUGAAGAGAAGUGCCCAGUAGGCCCCCUCGAGAUAUCACCCGCUACGCGAUAUGGUAUCUUAGCAGGAGUAUGGACCGCUACGUUUCUGUCGUCUGUCAAUCUCACCCUCGUACCAACAAUGCUUCCAUCCAUCUCUUCCAAUUUUCACAAAUCACACCAGGCUAGUUGGCUCGGAACAUCGUAUCUGCUCGCCACAUGCACAUUUACUCCGCUUUACGGGCGUCUUUGCAAUGUCAUGGGCCGAAGAGGAGCGAAUCAGACGGCGGUGCUUUUCGCCGGCCUGGGGACGCUCGCAUGUGGCCUAUCAACUAACAUGGAGACCCUAAUUCUUGCUCGAUUCAUAUCAGGUAUAGGAGGCGGUGGUAUCUUCACGACAUCGACAAUUGUCAUCAGCGACAUGUACUCACUACGGUCGAGAGGUCUGACCCAAGGAGUUGCCAGCGUUUUCAAUGGCCUGGGAAUGGGCUUGGGUGGUCCUAUAGGUGGACUUGUCACAGAUUGGCUUGGUUGGCGUUGGGCCUUUCUGAUACAAAUUCCUUUCUUCGCUGCGUCGUUCAUCCUGACAUCGUACAACCUUCGCUACGUGACAUCGGGUAGAGGAAAGAGCACCAAGGAUAUUCUAAAGCGCAUCGACUACGCAGGCAGUCUGACUUUGCUCAUCUCCGUGGGUAGCUGCCUCUUCUUCCUCAGUACCCGCUAUAAUGCGAUACUACCUUGGUCCGAGCCGACGGUCCUUGUUCCUCUGAUCCUGUCAAUCGUUUUCUUCAUCGCCUUCAUAAUCGUUGAACUUCGAGUGGCGCGAGAACCUGUUCUGGCACCAUUUCUGUUGAAACAGCGUAUACCGGUGCUCGUGGGAUGCUCAAACUUCCUUGUCGCGCUGUGUAACUUUUCUAUUACGUUUUUCUUCCCCAUGUGGUUCCAGACGGUCCUUCUUACAAGCGCAUCCACUGCUGGGUUGCAUCUGGCGCCCAACAGUGUAUCCAUGUCGACUGGGUCAGUUUUCGCUGGCUGGAUGAUGCAUCGCACAGGCAAAUACAAGAUGAUCAACCUUAUCUGUGGUUUGUUCCCGUUCAUUGCCACUGUGCUCAUACUCCAGAUGAAAGAGGAUUCUGGGCCAAUACAAUCUUGGCUAAGUAUCAUCCCUCUUGGAUUCGGAAAUGCCGUUGUUCUGCAAACCAUGCUAAUUGCUCUGUUGGCUCAUCUUCCUGAAUCUCACAUGGCGGUUGGCACUGGUUUUGGUCAAGUAUUCCGAGGCCUAGGUCAGGUAGGAGGUGUCGCAAUUUCCUCUGCUAUCUUUCAGACAAAGUUGGAUGGUGAACUUCGGAAACGUAUCGAUGGCCCAGACGCAGAACAGUGGAUUAAAUCCAUCCGACGGUCAGCGCGUUUGAUUCAUGAUCUGGCCCCGGACUUGCAGAGAAAGGCUCGAGAUUCCUACUCUGCGAGUCUCAAAGCCGUGUUCAUGUUUUCAGCCUGCUGUACCCUUCUUGCAUUCCUUGUCCGUUUACCGAUCCCGGAGAAAGACCUCGACAGCCGACCCAAAUCGCAUGCCCCAGCUGACGAUUCAUCGCGGGAAGAAACGGCUAUCGAAGAGGGUUCUGGAGACGUGGAGGCCCCUUCGAUCAAGAAGAAAGUGCGUCGGCUGUCUACCUUUGAGUCUGCCGUAGGCAGUAUGGACUUGGAGAGCAGUACUAUCGGCGGUUCCGCCAGGCAACCGCCACCUCCUUAAUUUACAAGUGUCGAACCCUUGCUUUGGACAUGUUGCCGUCCUUAGAGGCACGAUAGUCCAAACCUUUUCUGUACUCUUUUUCCAUUAUCAAGUUAACGUCAUGAAUGAUUCCUGUGUGGUGACGAGAAGCAAUACUAUGAGGUCGAAAUGGAGCGGGGGAUUAGUCGGGGGCCCUGGUGUACAUAGGCGCGCGCCAUCCUGUCCCGCUGUUUAGUCGCAUCGACAUCAUUAAUACUGAUUGUUUAGUUGAAGGGGAUCUAUUUAUAAGGCGUCAGCGAGU